CGAUUAAUUGAACAUCAAACAUCAACACAAUCAUCACCAUCACAUAUUGAAUCAUUAUCAUCAUCGUAUAAUAGUGGUCACCAUCAUCAUUGUUUACAUUGUCCAUACAAUAAUUCAACAUUACAAUCACCAACAUCAAAUAGAAAUUUACGACGAUCAAAAUUAACAUUAAAUUUACAAAAAAUUAAACAUUUGAAUGAAAUGAUUCAAAGACAACGUUCAGCAUCUCAUUGUCCGCAUACUGCGAUUAAUAUUGGUACAGAUUUUCGAAACGAUUCAAUGAAUAAGUGUUGCUGUUGUCAAAAAGCCCGAAAUAUAUCGUCGGCUGAAAAUAAUAAUAAUCGAAAUAAUUCGGCAUCAUCAUUAUCAAAAAAUAUUGGUGGCGGCAGCAGCGGCGGCGGUGGUGGUGGUGGUGGCAACAUUGUUGUUGAUCCAUUAAGGAAAAAAAUGGUACAACAACAUGAUGGUGGUGUUGGUGGUGGCCUAUCAACACCAUCAUCACAAUCAUCAUCAUCAAAUAAUAAUCAUGGUCGACAGAAAAGAGCUUCAUCAUUACGAGUUUUGAAUCGACGAUUCAAUUUUUUCGAUACAACAAAUAGCACAAAUUUUAAUAAUAAAAUGGAUGACACAACUAUUAUUGGUGGUGGUGGUCGUGGUGGUAGUAGCCGUCGUGGUAGCCGUAAUAAACAUAAUAAACGACAACCAAUCAAAUUGAUGGAUUUAAAUGACGAAUGUUUUAUUACAAUAUUUGAAUUUUUAUCAUUACAAGAAAAACUUUAUUAUGAACGUGUUUGUCAUCGUUGGCAACAUUUAAUUAGACGUUCAUUACAAUCAUCAUCAUCAGCAUCAUUAAAAAUAGGUGAACAUUCUGUCAAGUGCAAUUGUCAAUGCUCACAUUAUAUUAGUUGGGAUCUUCCACCAUCGAAAAAUUUUCCAAGAGAUCAAAUUGGUUAUAUUAUAUAUCCAAAAUCAACCUUAAAAUAUUUGCUCACAUUAUGUAAUCAAUUGAAAUGUAUUAAUUUUUCACAUUGUUAUUUGGAUGAUGAAACUUUACAGAUUAUAAUGAAUCAUAGUGAUAACAUUGAAUGUCUUCAUUUGAAUGAUAUUCGCCUUGAAGAAGAUAGUGAUGAAUUACCGAAUGGAUUGCUGGAAAAGAGUAAAAAUUUUAUCGAUUCUGUAAAUAAUAAUAAUGGUCAUCAUCAAGGUGAUCAAGGUGAAACAAUUAGCUCAGCAGUUGGUGCAUUUGCAUCCGAACAAUUAGCCGUAUUUGGUGGUUUAAUGCGUAAACUAUCAACACGUCGUUCAUUGAAGAAAAAACAUAAUCAAAAUCAAGAAACUAGUAGUGAUACAGCUGGUAAACGACAUUCACAGGCAUCGGUUUUAUCGAAAAAAUCCACUGCAUCCAGUGCAUCGAAUUUGAUUCAUCACCAUCAUCAUCAUCAUCAUCACCAUCAUCAUCAUCAGCACCAGCAACAACAGCAGCAGCAACAGCAGCAACAUCAACAUCAUCGUUCCAGUACAGGUGCUAGUAGCCCUGGAAGUCGUUCAAUUGUAACGACCUCGCUAUGUAAAACUCCUGUUAAUCAAACCAAAUCAUCACCAAUAUCAUCACCAUCAGGAGCAAAUAAUUCGAAUCGUACUAAUGCAUCAGCUACCGGUAAACGUAUGAUGAAUGAAAUGUCACCAUUGAUUCAAUCAACAAUAAUGACUCGUACAACACCAAAUUUAAAUCUUUCAACAACAACAAAUACAACCACUUCGAUGGCCACACCAAUGAAUUCUGUAGCAGCGGCGAUUCAUGAAAAAACAACUGCCGUAUAUUUUCCACAUGAUGAUAUGCGUAUUUCAUUGGAGAAUAUAAUUCGUAAAACUCAAAUAAAUCAUCAACAGCAACAGCAACAACAAGCAAAAACACCGUCACCACAAAAUGGACCACAAUCACCAACGAUAACUUUUCAAACACCAACAACAUCUUCACAACAUCAGAAUCAAUUACAAAAACUUCAAUCAAAAACAUCGAUAACAUCAACAGCAUCAUCAUCGACGGCAACACAACGUCGUCGUGAAUGGUCUAAACAUCGUUUAACACAAAAUAAUCAGAUUCGUGUACAGAAUUCAAUGAUGAUGAUGAGAUCUGAAGAUCAAUUAAUGUCAAUCAAUGUUAUAAAUGAUACAAUCAAUAGUAAUGAUAGUUUAUUAACAUUGAAUGAUGAAUCUACUAGUAUGGCAACAAAUAGUUAUCAUACAAAAGGAACUGGAAGCCGUCAACAACAACAACAACAGCAACAACAACUGAAUCAUUUAUCACCAAAUCUUGUUGCAAGUAUACAAACAACAAUCGAUUCAGAUGGUGCUGGUGGUAAUCGUUGUUUUAAUAAUACGAUAACGACAACGACAACAAGUCAAAGUGGUGCAAGUAGUAGUAAUGGAAGCGGUGGAAGUACUAGUAUGAUGACUGGAAAUCAAAUUGCUGAUUUAAAUAGUAGUGAAAUCAAUUCCAAUAGCCAUCCAAGUAGUAUGAAUCUAACUACUACCACCACAAAUCCUGGUCAAUCACAGCAUAGUUCCCGUUCACAACAAAAUUAUCAUCAUCAUCAACAUCAUCAUAAUCAACAGAAUCAAAUGGAUGCAAUAAUGAUGGCAUCGCAAAUGGAUAAUAAUAAAAUGGAUCAUGUUCAAGCAUAUGUGGAACAGGAACAAAUUCGUCAUGAAAUUCGUCAAAGUCAUCUGUUGCAAUGGAAAGCAUUCGCUAAAAAAUUUGGAUCACAAAUUCGUUGUCUUUCAUUGGGUAGUUUAUCAUCCGUUGAUUCAAUUGUCAUUGAUAUUUUGCUAAAAUAUUCUACAAUUCUUGAGGAAUUAAGAAUUAAUAAUGAAAUUGAUAUUCUUUCUUAUUUAUCGGUGAUUAAACAUACGAUCAAAAGAAUCUAUAUCAAUUGUGAACAUGGAAUCGGUCUAGAAUGUGUAUCGCUGUUGGCAUAUAGAAAUUAUGCUGAAAAAGUUAUAUCAUUGGGUCGAGUUGAUGUACCACCCGAUCUAAUUGAUUCAGUAAUAUCGACAAUUGGUUCAAAUUUUUGUAAUUUACGAUCAUUAUAUCUACGGAUACAUAAUUUUGAUAUCGACGUUGCAACACCAGCUAGUUUAUUAUUCGAUAAUCUGAAUGAAUUAAAUCUACAAUUCGUAUCGGGAAAUGUUGAUCAACCAUUCCGGAAAUUUAUUCAAUUAGGAUGGUCAUCUGUAAAAAGUUUAACAAUACAAUAUGCAUCCAUUACAGAAGAAUCGGUUCGUGCAAUACACGAACAUAUGCCACAAUUGAGAAAAUUAGUGCUUUAUGCAAUUGAAUUUCGUUGUGAUCAUCUAGCUAGAAGAUAUGGACAUAGAAUAUGUACAAAUUGUUCACAUACCGUAUGGAAAUCGAUUGCAACAUUACCACAUUUACAACAUCUGAAAUUACAUCGUGUUAUAAUUGAUGAAGAAAUCUGUAAAGCAUUAUCACGAAUGUAUCGUUUACAGAAUCUUGAACUACAAUAUUGUUCAAAUGUUAAUGAUAAUGUGAUCACUGUUUGUAGUGAUCUGGCUAGACGAUCACCACGUAAAAGAUUUACAUUGUCUGUUAUAUCACGUGGAUUUUUGACAUUGAAACCACCAGCUGAUUGUAAUAAUUUAUUUAUCGAUGUUAAAGUUGCUUGUAAAUAAAUGAAUGGAAAGAAAUCAAUCAA